AUGUCAUCAGCAGAGCUUGCUGUCGUUGUUGUGUUGCCGGCAAGUGGUACAGGGGACAGGUUUAGCUGUCAGACUCCGAAGCAGUUUGCCUGCCUGCUGGACAAACCCAUAUUUUUUCACACAGUGAUGGCAUUUUACAGGUUUGACUGGGUACAAAACAUUGUCAUAAUAGUGAGUACAGAACACAUUGACAGAGUGACAGCCAUGGUUGACUGCUGCAAAGACAAGGUGAAAGUUGUGCUCGGUAGCAACACCCGACAUAGAUCUAUCCGGGAGGGCGUUCAAGCAUUGAUGCAUGUCCAGCCUGUACCAGAUGUCGUGGUCAUUCACGAUGUAGUGAGACCAUUUUUUGAUGAAGAAGUUGUCAAGACCAUCGUAAAAAAUGCAUUUGUUCAUGGGGCAGCAGGUGUGACACGCCCUCUGGUUUCCACAGUAAUACAAGGUGACGAGAACAACAUGCUGACGGCAUCCCUUGACAGGAACCUGUACCGUGCCAGUGAGAUGCCACAAGCUUUCAAGUAUGGGGUUAUCAAGGAGGCCUAUGAAAAAGCUGAUGAGAAUGACCUCGACUUUGGCACAGAGUUGGCCCUCAAACACUGCCAAACCCCGGCAAAAUUGAUUCCUGGACCGGACUGUCUGUGGAAGAUUACAUACAAAAAAGAUCUCUACGCAGCUGAAGGCAUUAUGAAAGAGACAGGUAUUUGCGUGUGCAUUCAGUCAGUAACAGGCAGUGCCAGUGAAGCUGUCCUGCAGUGUUUGGAACAUCAUAUCUCAGAAAAAGGCCUCUCCUGCAAAAGGGUCAGUGAGGUGUCAUUGGAUUUCAACACCUACGUGUUUGUGCACACAGAAAAAUCUGACAUUACGACAAUGCUUGAAACCAUGUCACAAGAGGUCUGCGACUGCCACAGAAGAAACAAAUAUGAAAUAGUCAAGCCAUGUGUGAUUCACGUGUUUGCUGGAAAUCUUUUGGAUACCGAAACGGAGAGAGAAUUUCGUGAAACCAUCGCAAAAUUGUCUAAAGACCAGUGUAGCGUGCUUUGGUAUGGAGUAAUUUGCCAGAGCACCUGUGGCAGGCUUGGCAAAAUGGUGGCGAGUCUCUGUUGGACAAGAGAAGACAGUUUCUCAGGACAGACAUUUGUACUUCAUUCAUGACGUCUACUUACAGCUGACCAAUGUGUCAUGGACAACAGAGGAAAAACUAUAUCAAUAGUACCUUACCUGCUUUUGAAGAUCACGUGUGAAAUCGAAAGUUAAGAACAUGGGUAUUGUCUUCUUAUGGAUCUUGCAACAAAUUGAGCCUCUAUCUGGAAAAUCUGGGAUUAAUGCAUGUUUGUGAAGUGUCGUCCCAGAUAAGCCUGUGCAUGCAGUCAGCACAGUUUGAUCAGUGACAACUAUGACUAUGUUUAUGCCCCCCUUCGAAGAAGAGGGGGUAUAUUGUUUUGCACAUGUCGGUCGGUCUGUCGGUCCACCAGAUGGUUUCCGGAUGAUAACUCAAGAACGCUUAGGCCUAGGAUCAUGAAACUUUAUAGGUACAUUGAUCAUGUCUGGCAGAUGACCCCCAUUGAUUUUCAGGUCACUAGGUCAAAGGUCAAGGUCACAGUGACUGGAAAUAGUAAAAUGGUUUCCGGAUGAUUACUCAAGAAUGCUUAGGCCUAGGAUCAUGAAACUUCAUAGGUACAUUGAUCAUGAAUCGCAGAUGACCCCUAUUGAUUUUCAUGUCACUAGGUCAAAGGUCAA